AUGGAGAAAAUAAUCGCUUUCUUCAAACCUCCAGACCCGAAACAACUCGCCAAACAGUGGCAAUCGAACAUCCGGAAAGAACAGAGACGAAUAGACGCAAACAUUAACGAGAUCAAACGAGAGUGCAUGAAAACCACUCGAGAGAUUAAAACGUGCCUGAAAAGACAGGAUAUAAACUCUGCGCGAGUUUUAGCGAAAGAAAUCGCGAAAGCGAGGAAAACGAUGGAGAGUUUAUACGAAACAAAGGCGAACUAUAAUUCGAUUUCCAUGCGUCUAGGGGAGUCCGUGGGGAGGUUGGCGCAGGCGGGGAGCGUAAAAACAUCAGCAGAGAUAUUAAAGUCGAUGAACGCCAUCGCGAACGUCGGUCAAGCGACCAAAGACGUCGUCGCUAUGAGCAAAGAGAUGUUUAAAUUAGGCGUCAUCGAGGACGUUCUCGAGGACGCGUUCGCCGGGAUGGCUUCGACGGACGACGAGGAAGAGGAAACGGAGAGAGCGGUGGAUGUGAUUUUGAAAGAGUUUGCCGGCGAGGUCGCGGGUGCAAUGCCGGAGAAAGUCGUCGAACAUGAACAACCAAAGACUACUGAGGCGGUCGUCGUCCCAUCGGUUUCCAAAGAAGAAGAUGAAAGACGGCCGGUCGUCGUCGACGUGCAAAGUCGACUCGACGCCCUUCGAGAGUAG